AAAAACACCGGAGAGAAAAGAAAAAAAAAGUACUGUAGCUAUCUCCGGCCCGGACCGUACCCAACCCCGACUCGUCCCCCCUCGCCGCACGCACAGACGCCGGCGGCCACCAUGUCAGCGCGGGACCGGGAGACGAUCGAGGCGCUCGCUCGCGUCGCGGCCGCGCUGGACGGGGCGGUGCUCGGCCUCGGCACGGCGGCGCUCGCGGCCGCGUCCCUGGCCAAGUACCUCGCCGCAUCCGGGGCGCUCCGCCUCAUCGCCGAGGCGCCGGCCCUCGCGAUCCCCGACCUCCGCUACUCCCUCCUCGCGGGGCUCGGCGACGGCGAGUCGCGCCUCGCCGUCGUGCGGGGCCUCGUCCGCUCCCCGCCCGGGGGCACGUUCCUCAUCCCCCCUGGCUCCCGCGAGCACUGCGUCGUCACCAGGCACACCCAGACGUGCUUGUUCGGCGAAUGGAGAGGCAUCUUUGGAUGGACUUUUGACCUACAUGCUCUCUUUUUUAAAUCAUUGAAAGAGCAAAUUAUAACAUCAUCUCGAUGGGUUUCGUUUGGUCUUGUCGAUCCUGCUUCCGAGAAAUCAGGGGAAAUGGUACAUGUGAAGUUUGAUGGGGCUGUUCAUCAGUCAUUACCUCUUACAACUGUGUAUCACAAACUUAUCCCAGUUGAGCAAAAUUCUUACACAUUGUUUCAGACUAUUGUUGGCAAUGGCUAUCCGAUUGCGUUAUUGGAUGAGGAAAAGAUUCUUCCUAUCGGAAAGGAGAUUACAGCAAUAGGCUUAUGUCGAUUAAAGAAUCGAAGUGUUGAGAUCAGCUCGUGCCCAGAGCUCCCGUAUUUCUUGUCUGAUCUGACCAAGGGUGAGAUGGAAGCCGAGAUGUCCUCACGUGCUAGAUUCUUCUUCUGGGUUACUGUUGCUCUUGGAACCGUGUCAGUUGGCUUACUAGGCCAUGCCAUUUACAGGUUAUGGGAGAGAGUUAAACGGCACAGAGAGGCAAGAGAAGCUCAAGAAAGAUUUCACGAGGCUGACAAUGAAGAUGAUGCUGGAGAAAAUGGCAGCGACGACGAGCCUGGUGAAAUGGGUGACGGGCAGCUAUGUGUCAUAUGCUUAAGGAAAAGAAGGCGGGCAGCUUUUGUUCCUUGUGGUCAUCUUGUCUGCUGUUGCAACUGCGCGAAAAGGGUGGAACUCAUGGAUGAACCAUUGUGCCCUGUGUGUAGGCAAGACAUCCAAUACAUGCUCAGGGUUUACGACUCUUAAGGCUCCUUGCUGAUGUGGCCCAAGCACCGGCAAAGUUGCGACUCCAACGGCCCAUCCUCCUGUCCUGGGUGCUCUCCGUUUUUUGUUCCUAGCUUAGGUUACUGCUACCCUGAAAGUAUGUGAAUAUAUGACUGCGCUAUCUAACCCUCAGAAACUAGGUUACCAGUACUUGCUAGUUUAGCCUGUGAAUAUGGAUUAUGUAUGAUCUUAGAUGACCCCGUGAACUUGCCAAGUUUUUUGUUGGUGUUGCAUGGAUACGCCUAGGGAUGUAAGUGGACGCGUGCGCGAAGUUUACUUUCAUGGUUUUUGUAUUAGCUUGAUUUUUAAAAGCAACAUUGGUCAGUUUA